AUGGUAAUCGUCACAGUGCGUGAUGAACUUGUUCAUCUUGUUGGUGAGAUGCUUGACAAGAGUAUGUCUUCAAUAGUAUUGAAAUUAUUAUGGGGAAAAUCCUUAGUUUUCAUUUCUUUCCAAUCGUUGGAUAAAUCUAUUAUGAUUGGUUUUACGUUUGAAGAUGGUGUAAGAUUUUAUAUGAUGUUAACACUUGUCGGUUUUGCUAUAGAAAACUUUAUAAGUGGUUCAAGUGGUGGUUCAAGUAGUGAUUCAAGUGGUGAUUCAAGUAGUGGCUCAAGUAGUGUUUCAAGUAGUGAAUCAAAUGUUGUAACAGAUGAUGGAAGUGAGAAUGGUACAUCUUGUGGUGAUGCAAUGUUAAAAUCAAACACGAAUUGA